CACGUCAUCGCUACGGAUAGCGAUGCGAUGUUGAGUAGGCAGCUCUAGUCCUGAUCUGGUCGGGGGUUUCUUUUUGCACGUGAAUCGCAUCUGUGUAUUCUGUGAACCUAGCUACCAGAGAACAACGGCGAUUCAUGCCGUGGCAGCUAAUAAAAUACAGUCAUGUCUAUAAAGGCGCCUCUACAAGUAGGCAAUAUUCCAUGGAGGAAUAAUAAUUUUAGCCGUAUGGACGAAGAGCCUUCUUUGUCGGAACAAGGAGAGACCAUCAUUGGAGCAUACCUGUUGAUUCUAGGUUGGCUCUCCUGGUUUGGAAACAGUGUGGUGAUAUUCAUCCUGUACAAGCAGAGGGCCUCUCUGCUGCCCACAGACUACCUGACCUUUAACCUCGCCGUGUCCGACGCCAGCAUCUCAGUGUUCGGCUACUCCCGCGGGAUCCUGGAGAUUUUCAACGUCUUCCGGGACGAUGGCUUUCUGAUCUCUGCAGUGUGGACCUGUCAGGUGGAUGGCUUCCUCACCCUACUCUUUGGUCUGGCCAGCAUUAACACCUUGACUGUCAUCAGUGUCACCAGAUAUAUCAAGGGUUGCCACCCUAACCGAGCAAACUGCGUCAGCAGAAGCACAGUUUCCGUGUGCCUGGUCUGCAUUUGGCUGGCGGCAGCGUUCUGGUCAGGGGCUCCACUGCUGGGCUGGGGGAGCUACGUAGACCGUGGCUAUGGAACCUGCGAGAUUGACUGGACCAAAUCCAGCUUCUCCACCUUCUACAAGUCCUACAUCGUCUCCAUCCUCGUAUCCUGCUUCUUCAUCCCGGUGCUGGUGAUGCUCUUCUCCUACGUGUCCAUCAUCAAAAGGGUGAAGUCCAGCAACGCCAUGUCCGCGGACGGCUACCUGACCGACAGACAGAGGAAGAUCGAGAGGGACGUCACACGCGUGUCCCUGGUCAUCUGCGUGGCCUUCGUCCUGGCCUGGUCUCCCUACGCCGCGGUGUCCAUGUGGUCUGCCUGGGGCUUCCCGGUGCCCGCCUCCGCCAGCGUCUUCACCCGGCUGUUCGCCAAGUCCGCCAGCUUCUACAACCCGCUCAUCUACUUCGGCAUGAGCUGCAAGUUCCGGCGUGACGUGAUCGCGCUGCUGCCCUGCACCCCGCCGGGCCGGGGCGGGGCCCGGCUCCGGAGCUCCCAGCCCCCGCAGCCCGAAGCCGAGCCGGCGUGCCCCCAGACGGGGGCGCUGUCUUCCCCCCGCUGCCAAGAGCAGAAGCUCCCCACAGAGGGGCUCCUCCACCCCAUCCCCAGCCUGGACUCUGGGGUCAUCAGCCCGCCGAGCACCCCACCGCCCGCCAGCGAGGAGAUCUUCUGCAUCUCCAUCCACUCUCCCGCCAAAACUCCUGACUACCAGUGA